AUGUUUGCUCUCGAAACAAAGCCGAUCUUCAUGCUGUCGAUUCCGGCCAAGAGAGACUUGGUGGCCCAUCUGGCAAUCUUGUUGUUGUUCUUCUUGAGUUCCUCAGCAAAAAUCAGACCUCUGGAUCCGCUCAAACGGACCUUCCAGUCGUUGGAUGGCGAUGGAGCGUACUGGUUCAAAGCGUUGAUGGACAGAGUUGGCGAUGAAGUUUUGGUUGAUGAAAGUGGCCUCCAAAGACAGGUUGGCAGCACUGUUCAAGUCAGACUCUGGGAGAUCCAAUGGCGCAUUGUAGCUGUUUUCGUCAACUUCCAAUCUGUCAGUGUUGUCUCUUUUGUCGAAAAAGAUUUGGCCGUCUUUCUUGGUCACCUUGACGUCCCAAGAGUAACUGGAUCUAGCAGCACACAUCAAUUGCGAGAGAAUGGAGUCGGUGACAAACACAGCCGCUUGUUUGUCCUCGGCCAAUUGCUUGAUGAUUGGGUCCUCGGAGGUGGUUGGGUUGACGAUGGUUUUGUCUUGAACGUUCAAAAUCUGAGGCUUGAAAGACUCAAACUUCUUGACGUAUCCGUUCACUUGUCCAAAGGACUUCAAGUCGCUGCCGUCUCCCACCUUCAGGUUCAGCUUUGUGAGCUUGCUGAAUUCAAUUUCAGAAACGAGCUGCCACUUGGAGUUCACCUUAAUGGAUGGAUCUCUCACCUUUUCGUCUUUCUUAUAUCUGUUGUUGAAGUUUCUGUAAUUAGGAUUCGAAUUACCUGGGUUCUGGUGGCCCUGUUGAGGACGCGAGGUUUGGCCUCUGACGACGUUACCUGGCUUUCCACCUGGCUUUUGGUUCUGGACUCUGUUUCUUCCACGAAGAACGGUCUGUUGGUUAGUAGGAACAGCGUUACUGUUAUCCACAACACUGAACUCCUCUUCUUCCUCUUCAGCACCGAAAAGCUUGGCAGCAGAGGCACCGUAAGCAUGGUACUGAUCCUUACGCUUCUGGUUCUGGUUCUUGAGCUGCUGUUGCUUGAGCUCGUCCUCUUUAGAUUGUUGCCAGUCGGCAGCCUUUCCGAGUCUGUCACCCUUGGAGAAAGGAGCGUAUGGAACUCCGCUGAAUUGGAGACUUUCUGGAAUCACACUGGAAGGUCCCCAGGCGUCCUUUGGAGACGAAAGCUUUGA